AAGAUCAAAACAUGGCUGUUGUCAUGUCAAAGUGACAUUUCUCUUUUUCUGUGAACUUGUGUUAGGCAGGUUAUUUCACAAUGGCAAAGCGUACGAAAAAGGUUGGAAUUACUGGGAAAUAUGGCACACGUUACGGUGCCUCCCUCCGUAAAAUGGUCAAAAAGAUGGAAGUUACUCAACACGCCAAGUAUACUUGUUCUUUCUGUGGAAAGGAUGCCAUGAAACGCAGCUGUGUAGGCAUCUGGUCAUGCAAGCGUUGUAAGAGGACAGUAGCAGGAGGUGCCUGGGUUUUCUCCACCACUGCAGCUUCUUCAUGCAGGUCAGCUGUCAGACGGUUACGUGAAGUCAAGUGAAUAUUUAGAUUAAGGCAAUAAACAAAAACUCUUUAA